CACCGCUCACGGAUAGACGGAGCGCGAUGUGUGCGUGAGUGUAUUCGCGCGGGCUGCCUUGGGCUGCCUCGGAUUUCGGUAUCGUUGCACAGCCUCAGUGGCAUAUGAUACUUUAUAAUUAGUGCAUUUCUGAAGAUGGAUGAAAAUGCAUUAAUCAGAAGAGAAUAUUUUCAUCUAGUAAAUUGAAUGGCGCCUCAAUUAGGAAUCAAAACAUAAUUUUUGAAACUCGACAUUGUUCCUGUCGUCUAUCGUGGUUUAGAAUGUGAAUUUCAAUUUCUGUAGUCAAUGUACCAAAUGACUCGGCUGUAGCGCAUCGGUCGUGUGAUUAUAGAUGUGAGAACGACGCUACUUCCGGCCGUAUUAUCUUAAGACCAAAUGAGGGAAAUCGAUCUCUCCCUCCGUCAAAUUGAUGAACCCGACCUACGUGUGUGACGGAUGAUGAUGGAGGACGAGCUGAAACUGUUGCCGCUACUUCGAAGUCAUCCAAAGAGCGAUACAUUAUAACGGCACAAGUGUGAAGGCUGAAACGAGUUCCUUGAAAGUUUCGAACGUCGAACAUGAUGAUGCCGUCCGUUUACUCAAUGCACGAAAGAUGGACUUGAAAAAAAUCAAAGGGACGAUCACAUAUAUUAUACGCAUUACCGGCUACAUCGUAAUUACAUCUGCUGAGAGGUUCUUGGGAAAAUGCAUAACGGUGGAAAUUGUAUGAUAAAUCUACGAUGUAGAAAAUAACGGGGACUGUAGAUGAUCCUGAGAGAAUCCGAGACCCGAAUUCGAACGAUCCGACUGCGCAUCUCUAUCGAGCUUGCUCGCGGCAGAAGAAACGGCGGCGCGCAGGCUUCGGCUCACCGUUGUUUGCCCGCAUGUGAAUAAAAAUCUCAUCGAUCAUCGCCGGUGAAACACGCGGCACGGCAAACAGACAUUUGCACAACACGCGCGUGCCGGCCGCGUGUGGAGCAACGCUUGCUCGUUCGGAACGGGGCACGUGGUCCCGCCAUCGCUAAAUCCAUUAGCACACGCGGAGAGAACGUUUUCCAGGCUGGUUAUCGGGCAAAUAUUGUUCUGCGCUCGGUUACCGUUUUACCCACACACACACGCCACUUCUGCUGACACUGUUUCGUACUACAUCAUAUGCUAUCACGUCUGUCAGGGGUUCCCAAAGGAACGUCUCAUAAUAGAGAGUAGCUUAAUCCUUAGUAAACAUAAUCCAUCUUUCAUACACACAAUAAAAACAUCAUUUUUAUAUACUUUGUGCCGCUCCUUUAUGUCUGAUAGAGUUCUUAAACUUUAAUUUAACUAUUAUUUAUGUACAUAUCGUUUAUUUGCAACAACGACAUAACUAUAAAAAAAAAAACAAGUUUUUUUCAAAAAAUGAGUUUUGAAUCAUUAAAAAAUCAUGAAAAUAAUAUUAUGUAUUAACUCUUUAUUCACAGUGCACUAAAUUCUAUUAUAUUUGUCUAUUAUAAAAAUAAAUCUGAUGAAAGCAACUUUUUUUGACAUUUCUGAAAAUGAAGCAAAAUUUUCUUUUUUCAUCUUUUUUUCAAUUUUAGAAGAUUAGUUACGUCAUUCUUAGUAUCAGUAAUAAAAAUUCUAAAGAUCUGUUUUUCUUUUGCAUAUAACUCAAAAUAUCAAUUUUUACUACACGUAAGUUUAUUCCGAAGUCAAUUUUCAUUACUUUUACAAAUAUUAAAUAUAAUUGAGUGACUCCUAUAUAUUCCAACAUCUUAAGGCAUUUAUAUGGUUGUGCAUUUAAAAAAGAAUUAUAAAUGCUAUUAACUAAUAAUCGAAAAUACUUCAAAGAGAAAAAAAUGUGCACAUGGAAAAAACGAUUUUACCGAAAUACAGAUUUGAAAAUUACGUGAAACCUUUAAAAAAAAUUAUUAUAUUGGCCAUUUAAAAAUAUUUCAGAAUGUCAAAUAUUUUGUAGCAAUUUUGUCAUACUUGACCAUCUUAAUUAUUUUGAUGGUUCUCAACAUAAAAUUAUUUCCUGAUUUAUAUAUCUAUAGUUAGAUAAAAUAAAAUUAUACUUCUCGUGCCAGACACAAAUAAUGUUUUAAAUGAAGAAUGUAUUGAAUGUUAAAUGUACAAAAUUAUAACAUAUUAAAGUUUCAACUCCAACGUUAAGAAACCCUAGUGGCGCACUUCGAUUCAUUAAUCCAAGAAUUGAAGUUUAAAAUAUAACAAUCUUGUUUGAUUAGUAACAAUUUAAGAAUGAUGUUAAUGAUAUUUCGUAGAUAAGAUAACGUAAGCCUCCUCGAGAGUUUCACGAGAAAUGUCAACUCACUCUUUACGUUUAAAUAUACGACACGUUUCAGAAAUAGAAAUGGAGAUACGUUUGGCGCGAAGCACGUGCCAUUCUUAUCUGUCCUUGUAAUAUUCACUGGUUUAUUAUUACUCUCACUUGUGCGGUUUGGGAGCUGCUGCUUUAAAUGCAACCGGGCGACGAUGGUGACGACGCAAUUUCAAAGUACCUGUCGUUUAGCGCUUCUCUCUUUGCACAAGGCUGUAACUUAAAAAUCCGCGACCGCACAGCUGGUAAAAGUGACCAUGAAACAAACACUUCAAAUUGAAAGAUGUGCGAUUCAAAAAGAUAUUGCACGUUCUCAAUAUCGAAAAUCGCAUAAUCAUUACGAACUGGUAGAACAAGUCGCUAGAGAUUACAAAAAACCUUUCGAUAAAUGUACAAGAUUUGGCAAACCGCCAAAGAAUCAAGGAUCAAAAUCUCGGGUUAAAAGAAUUUUGACAUGGAUUAAUCACGAACCGGUUACCUUAGUCGAUCGUCGACAAGCGGAUUUUAUACAGCGUACUAGAUCGUUUAUCGGACAAGUCAAGGACCCAGAAACGUCGCGUCUUUAUGCAAAUGUUGUACAUGGUACAAAGAGUGUCAAAGAUGAAUUCAAUGUAUCAGAUGUUUUACAUGAUUUUUAUUUAAAUGAGCAAAUGGUUUUCUGGUGGCAAUGUCUACAAGAUUUAAAUAAUUUCCGUCAAAAACUCAAAAAGCGCGUCCCGGAAGUGCCGUUUAUGGACAUAGAGGAUGAAUUUUCUUGUCUGGACAAAAAAUAUGUUGAAGUUUUGCCGGAAGAGAAGAUUUUUCUAACUUUUGAGAAAUAUCGUAUAUAUCCAAACAAGAAGUUUCUCAUACCAUUGAUGAAUACGUUGCAGUUACGCAAAGAUGGAAAUAUUAAUUACAAGGAAUUGCUAAAUCUCUUGAAUUGGAAGUGUAGUUUGCCCGUUCUACCAGUGAUAAAACAAGCACCAUUGACGAGACCAAAAUGUAUUAUAUAUAAUGGCAACAUAGAAAAUGUUCAAACAACCGAUAGCACAAAAGUACGUGCGGCAGGACUUCCAUCUGAAAGAUCAGAUUUCCUGAUUACAACGUUACCGUGCGCCGGUUUAUAUCCAGAUAAGGAGAACUUAGGUGAUCAAACCUCUGUUCAUUACUUGAUCUCGCCCAGCAUAUUCACGAGAUAUGGCUUGACACAUACAGAUUUUUUCAAGAUUCGCGACAAGGAAGAAAUACGAAGUAUAUUCGAGAACAUCGGUUUCGAAUUUCCAGAGGAUAGUUUCGAUGCGCUUUGGCAGAAAGGAAUGCAGAAGGACUGUACUGAUGGUGUAUGCAUAGAAACAUUUCGAGAGCUACUCGCCGCGUCAGGAUUCGUGAUAAAAAAAAUUACAUGCAGCUAGAUAUAUAUCUAGUCUUGGUCUUAAAAGCUCUGUAGAAACCUUAGAAAAAAAUGUAAAUUAUGCAUCUUGUACGUAAUAACCACCAAUUACUUAACAUAUUUUAAAAACAUUACUUUUAUUCAGUAAUUAUAUUAAAAUAAUAUAUAAUAAUUAGUUUAGGUUUAUCAGUUAAAUUUAUGUGUACCUUAAAUAUGUACAACACAUUUAUCUAAUACAUCUAAAGUAUAUAUA